AUAAUGCGAGUGUGAAACUGACAGAACCGGUGCUGGCUCAUUAUUGACUUGGAACUUUGGAGCACCUAUUGACAUAGAAGAGAAAGGGAUAGAGAUUUCAGAGUUUCAAGCUCCCGACUUCAUCUCUGCUCUGCCCUCUCUGCAACAGUUCUGAAAUGGCUUCUGAAGAGGCAGCGAAAGCACCAAAAAUUCCUCAAGAUUGCAUAGAAAGCAAUGAGAUAGAACUCAACAAAGUGGGUCAGAUGAGAACCUUGGUUGAAAAAGAAGAUCCCUCUGCUAAGGAAGAGGAUGAUCUACAGAUCAGAAGGUUUUUGCGUGCUCGAGAUCUUGAUAUCGAGAAGGCUUCUGCUUUAUUCCUGAAGUAUCUAAAAUGGAGACAUUCAUUUGUCCCCAAUGGUUCCAUUCCUGAAUCAGAAAUCCAAAACCAUCUUUCUCAGAACAAGUUGUUUAUGCAAGGAUUGGAUAAGAAGGGGAGGCCCAUAGUACUUAUUCUUGCUGCCAGACAUUUUCCAGCUAAAGGGGGCGUCGAUGCUUUCAAGCGUUUUGCAGUUUACUCCCUUGACAGAAUAUGUGCAAGGAUGCCAGAAGGUCAAGAAAAGUUUGUUGGUAUCGCAGACCUUGAAGGAUGGGGAUACUCAAACUCUGACAUCCGUGGAUACCUAGGAGCUUUAUCAAUCUUGCAGGAUUGUUACCCAGAAAGGCUCGGCAAGUUGAUUCUUAUUCAUGUGCCUUACCUCUUUAUGAAAGCAUGGAAGAUUGUUUACCCAUUUAUCGACAAGAAAACCAGGGAUAAGAUAGUAUUUGUGGAAAACAAGAAGCUCAUGUCAAAUCUUGUUGAUGACAUCGAUGAGAGCCAGCUACCAGAGAUCUAUGGAGGUAAAUUGCCACUGGUUCCUAUCCAAGACAACUAAUUAGCCAGCUCAUCUUGCAAAGUUUCUUUUCCAUUCUUCACCUUUGUUGAAUCAACUUGAGAGUUGAGUUCCGUGGAUAUGUAAAAACUGAUGGGAAUGGUGCCAUAAUUUCCUUGUAUCUCCCACUAGACCUGUACUUCGUUACCAAUGCCGUUAAGGCAAGUUUCACAAUUUGUAUGGAGGAAACAGGCAAUGGAGACAUAUUUCUAUAUAUCCACAACUAUCUUGUAAUUUAUAUAUUCUUCCUUUUGCUAAAAUCUUGUAAUUUAUAUA